CCUAAAACUUCCUAACCACCUAAAACCUCCUAACCAUCCCCAAAAGAAGAAACCUUGUCUUGUUACCAAGUGAAGAAGGUAAAAACAGAAAAUCGAUUUCUUUUAAUGGUCUGGAAGGACUCGAGAUUGAAAAUCGUCGUACGAUAGGCUAAAAAAAUGAACGGAGGGGACGGAAAAAAUAACAAUUUAACACAAUCAACAGUUGAAGUCUUGAAGAGUCAAUGUCAAACGUGGCGAAGGCAUCGUUCGAGAAGGCGGACCUCGCGGUCACCGGCGAACGGCCGGUAGCCCGUAAGUUGAUCGUUGACAACGACUGCGGGGUGGACGACGCGUGGGGGAUCUCGCUCAUCCUCAAAUCGACUGUAGGACAUCAACUCCUCGCCCUCACCUGCGUCAAAGGAAACACGGAUGUGGAAAAUGUCUGCAACAACAACCUCUACCUCCUCACCGUCCUUGGCAAAAAAGAAAUACCAGUGUAUAAGGGGGCAAAUAGAUCUCUGUUGCAUAUGACCUCUGAAGAAUUAUCAGACGACCUUAAAUAUUUUCAUGGAAGGAAUGGAUUUGGAGAUGUUCAACUUCCCUGUCUGGCUGACAAGCCACAAGUACAAAAGGAAAAUGCUGUUGUAGCGCUCAAUAGAUUAACAUCAGAAAAUAAAGGAGAAAUCACGCUCGUGUGUCUUGCCCCUUUGACAAAUAUUGCUUUGGCUAUCAGAACUUACCCUGAUUUUGUGGAUAAUGUAAAAGAUGUUUUUAUUAUGGGCGGUAAUUACCAAGGUGUGGGUAAUACAACUUCAUGUGCUGAAUUCAACUUCCAUGCUGAUCCUGAGGCAGCUAAUAUAGUGCUGAGGGAAAUGCAGAACAAAAUUUAUCUUCUUCCAUGGGAAACUUGCAUGGGUGCAAAAAUCCCUUUUGAAUGGAGGGAGAGAUUGCUUACAGACUGUGGACCUGUCUUCCAGUUUUUAAACAAAAUUGAACUGCCCAUACUUGAAAGGCUGAAAAACCUUGGAUACAAAACUUACAUAUCAGCCGACCAGCUCCUGUGUGCAAUUUUAAUAAAUCCCAAUAUUGUACAAUAUGCUUUUAAAGCAUAUGCCCUCGUCGAGCUUGCCGGCGUUUUUACGAGGGGCCAGGUCAUCUUGGACCACAUGCAAUCCAAACCAAAACAAUCCGAGUUCCUAACUGUUAUAUCAGAAGUCGAUUCUAUCGAGUAUUUUAAUAUAAUUAAUUCUAUGAAAAAUGUAUGAUUGGUUUAUAAAAUGAAUAUUUUUAUAAUGAAGUAAAA